AUGGCGGGCACCGACCAAAAGUCAUUUCUGGGAACAUUUUCCCCAUGGAAUACCCCCAGGAGCUCAACCCCUCAGCCUGCAGAUCAUAAUAAUAAUUCCGGCUCUGGCUCGGAUGUCUUGCAGCGUUCACAGGGUGAAGACCAUACCGUGACACACCGACACAAGCUAGGCCAGCGCCAUUACCCAUCCGACUGUCCUCCGUUAAAGGCGAGAUGGUUCUACGCCGUGGAUUCACCGAAGCGGAAACCAUCCUUGAACGAUGCAAAGAAAACUGAUCAGAAACCGCUACCCCCGCCGAAGAAAUUCAUUCCUUUCUCGCUGAAGGAUUCGCAGUCGAUCGAAUCUACUUUCCAGAAUCUUAUCGAAGAUGAAGAUACUCGCGAUCAUGGCCACGGUCAGGCACCACAAGAGGAUGAACAACAAAAACAAAAACGGGCACGGGCUUCCACCAAGGUCGCUGUGAACGAAGAUUAUUUGUUCGAUGUCGAUGUUGCACAACGGGAGCUCAGCCCGGCUUAUUGGAUUGGCCCUGUUUAUGAAGUUCGGCGAGGGACGUGGUUCUUUCAGGAUGGGUCGAAUCUGAAGCCCUGCGAGGAAAAUCUAGCAACACAAUUGGAAGAAGGAUAUCUCAAGCUGCGACCUUGGAGAGCGGAUGCAGCAGAGGCCAGCUCUGGAGACCCUGCGACAUCGGCGAAGCAUGAUCGAUCUAGUGACCGUGACCGUACGGAUGGCAGUGCAGAGUCCGGAACACAAACACAAUACUCGGAACCAUCAACAUCAAAGUCAUCUCGUUCACAGGGUACUGGAAAGAUACCCGCUUCUUCGACGAUGGAGUCUCGUCAGUACCGACUUUUCGGAGCCUACAUGAAUAGAAUCGUGGCCUAUCAAGACUCCUCAACGGCUUGGGUCACUACUGACGACUUCAUGUCCCGUGUUAGCACCACCGUAUAUCAAAAACUCGGCGGUGCCCCAGGCAAUAAAGUAGUCCGCGGUUUAGUCGAGCCCAAACGCUCGAGAGAACCAUCUGAUCUCCGCGAACGAGAUCGAGAUCGAAAGCCCGUCGAGAAAUCCUCCGGCGCUAGAACACCCGAGGUCCCCUCUUCUACUACCUUUACAGAGACUCCCAUCCCCCAGUCUAGCGGGACAGAUGGAAUAGAAGGGCAAACGGAAGUCGACAAACCAGAUAUCAGGCGACCACAGUCAACACUGGAGCGGCAAAUGUCGUCUCUAGCAGGUGAACCGCAAAACCCGGCUGAACUAGAGGAACAAGCUCGUAGACAGGAGGAGCAGGAGAUGGAAGACUUGAGAGAAGUUGAUGGUGAGGAUCGAGAGCGAGAAGUCGAUCAUAUUAUCCUUGUCACUCAUGGUAUUGGUCAACGGCUUGGCCUGCGACUCGAGAGUAUCAACUUCAUACACGAUGUGAAUGUGCUUCGCAAGACACUCAAGACUGUCUAUAAGGCUUCACCGGAUCUUCAGGCGUUGAAUGCAGCCUUUGCGGACCACGAUGGUAAUUGUCGUGUUCAGGUUCUUCCUGUCUGCUGGCGCCAUCUACUCGAUUUCCCCUACCGCGGAGUCCGACAGAACCGAAAGGAACUUGAUUUGACCGACGCCGACACCGUCGAUGAUGACGCAUACCCCAGUCUGGCGGAUAUCACGCUCGAAAGCGUCCCGGCUGUUCGGAACCUGAUAUCCGACCUAGCCAUGGAUGUCCUCUUAUACCAGAGCGGUUAUUGCGAGCACAUCUCCAACAUCGUGAAACAAGAGUGCAACAGAAUAGUCGGGCUCUACAAGCAGCGAAAUCCAUCAUUCAACGGCACCGUGAGCCUGUGUGGUCAUUCUCUAGGCAGCGCGAUUCUUUUCGACAUCCUCUGCCACCAAAAAACGUCCGAGUCUCCCAAGACAAAAUUCACAGCUCCAGGUGACGACCUCGCCGAUCAGUGGAAGGAAGAGAAAAGCGAGCUGAGCUUUGAAUGUGAAGAGUUCUUUUGCCUGGGGUCUCCAAUCGCGUUGUUCCAAAUGCUUAAGGGAAAAACAAUUGCCGGUUACUCGCCUCUUGGAACGAGAAAACGCAAAAGUGCCCUAGACAUCGAAUUUGACGCCAAAGCCAUCCGAUCGCUCAACUCUUCUAAGCGCGACUCACAAAGUCACGCUGGCCGCGGACCCAUUGAUAAUUCGGCCAUCAUCUCGACGCCCAAAUGUCGCGAUCUGUAUAACAUUUUUCACCCCUCUGAUCCGGUUAGUUAUCGUCUCGAGCCGCUCAUUUCUCCGGCCAUGGCUAGUCUCAAGCCUCAGCCUUUGCCUUCUGUCAAGAAGAGUAUAUGGACGCAGUCGGGUCAGAGUCUUUCUAUUAUUGGAUCGCGUAUGGGUCAGAGUGUCGGGAGUCUUUGGAGUAACUUUACUUCUGGCGUGGCUAGUAGUCUGCUAAAUCGCAGUUUGGGAUUACAUGCGGACGAGGUUUCUUCUGCUGUGAAUGCGGGCGCGAAUGAUCGCGGUCAUAAAAGGUCGCAGUCUGGUUCAAAUCAGGAUUCUUCUCAGGGUUCUGAUCAUCCUCAGACUCUUAUUGACGGAGAUCUGGAGACUCUUUAUGAUGGGUUUCAGAAGAGUCGGGAUGGUCAAAAGAAGGGCCAGAAUCAUGCUCAGUCUACUUCGGGUAGUGAGAAUGAUCUGGAUUCUGAAGAACAGGAGCGGAAAUUGAAGUUUGAAGAUGCUAAAGUGCGCGGCUUGAAUUCGAAUGGUCGGGUGGAUUAUAGUAUCCAAGAGGGCGCAUUCGAUAUUUCCCUCAUCGCGAGUAUUGCCAGCCACCUCACAUAUUGGGGAGAUGAGGAUGUUAAUCACUUCAUGCUCUCGCAGAUGUUGUCUCGGGAAUCGCGAAAUCGGAAUAAGAAAUAA